AUGGGAGGGACUCCUUGGGACUUCUUACACAGAACCAGGGCAGCAUCAUCAGUCACAGAGGCUGCGUCACAUGGCGUCUCCAACCACGAGCCUGAGGCGAAGCAGAUGUAUCCCUGUUGCCCGGGGUGGCAUCAGCUGGCAACGCUGGCAAGGCCGUCGGAGGUUGGGGUUCAUGGCUUUGCACAGCGCUGGCUAGCCGAAGCUGGAAGUCCCUUAAGCCUUAUCACCUUACUCUACAAGAGGCCCUCAGGGGGGUCGGAAACCACCCUGGUGAAGGAGCGCUGUGUCGCAGCGAGUGGGCACGUCGCUCGGCUGGCUCUGGACAAGGUGCUUGGACUUUCUGUCAGGCCUCAGCUUGCAAGGCUUGCAAGCAGCGUGGCGAAGCUCCGCUGA